CCUGUGACAGCGUGCAGAGCUCAGGGGGGAGUGACAGUCUGCAGAGAGACAACUUGUACACAGGGAGAGACAGUCUGCAGAGUGACAACUUGUACACAGGGAGAGACAGUCUGCAGAGAGGAGCCACCAAUCACUGCAGCACAGGACUGAGAGCACACCUAGUGCCAGCCUGGUGAGAUGGGUCCAGGUGAGGAUGAAGCCAUUGAGGGAGAUGAGCUGAGUGAUGAGGAGGUGUCACCUGACUGGACACCACAGGAAAAGGCUCUUCAUGAAGCAAAAGUUAAGGCGAAAGCAAAGCGCAGGAUCCGCAGAACAUCAUCUCGUGACUCUACACGAGAGUCAGAAAGCAAGGAAAUCCCUGCAGAGCUCCCUAUCAGCCCCCAUGGGAGGUGUAACGACAGGCGCUCACGCAUGGGGAAGGGCAGGGGGCUUCCCAAGAAAGGUGGCGCUGGAGGGAAAGGUGUCUGGGGGGCACCAGGACAGGUUUACAGUUAUCAGGAGCCUGAUGCUCGAGACCCUAAUUAUGACGAGUCAGCCCAGGGGGACACCGUGUUCCAGAAGGUUGUGCCCGAGCUGGACGAGACCGGACUGCAGAAGAAUGUGAACCCCAUGGUGAAGGAAUACUUUGAACAUGGGGACACAGGAGAGGUCGUAGCCCUCCUGAGGGAACUGAAUUUAGGUAGUGAAAAGCCUGGGGUUCCCCGCAUAGCAGUGUCCCUGUCAUUGGAGGGGAAAGCCAGCCAUCGGGAGCUAACGUCACGUCUCCUCUCUGACUUGGUGGGGAAGGUGAUGAGUGAUGAAGACAUCGCAUAUGCGUUCAAUAGGAUGCUCACCGAACUGCCAGACCUUAUCCUGGAUACUCCUGAAGCACCACAGAUGCUUGGGCAGUUUAUUGCUCGUGCUAUUGCAGAUCACGCUUUACCCCUCGAUUUCUUGGAUCGUUUCAAGGGAAAAGUUGACUGUGAGCAUGCACGUGCUGCUCUGGACCGGGCUGCUGUUUUACUGAGAAUAAAACGAGAGAUAAUCAGGCUGGACAAUGUGUGGGGAGUUGGAGGGGGACAAAGGCCGGUCAAACAUCUGAUCAAAGAGAUGAACCUGCUAUUGCAGGAGUUCCUGAUCUCGGGGCAGGUAUCGGAGGCUGAGCGCUGUCUGCGAGAACUGGAGGUUCCUCACUUUCAUCAUGAACUUGUCUAUGAGGCCGUGGUUCUUGUACUCGAAGGCUCAGCUGAGGGUCAUGUUCUGAUGGCAGUAAAGCUGCUCCGUGCUCUAUGGGAGAGUGGCCUCAUUACACUGGACCAGAUGAACAGGGGAUUCCAGCGAGUGUAUGAUGAACUACCAGAUCUCAGUCUGGAUGUGCCACAUGCCCAAACGGUGAUGGAAAAGUUGGUGGACCUGUGUUAUCAGGAGGGGGUGAUAACUCAGCAGUUAAGGGACCAGUGCCCUGUAAGAGGCCGUAAACGUUUUGUGAGUGAAGGGGAUGGAGGACGUAUCAAACAGUAACAGCAUCUGUUGUUUCCUGUUCCAAAUUUCCCAGAGAGGGGCAGCAACAUGUAAAAACAUAUGGUUUCGAGGGGGUUGCUUCUUGUUAUGAAAAAAAAUAAACAUAAAAUACAAAACA